ACGUAGUACAAAUUGCGUUCGGUGUUCGUUUGACUUGUUCGACCUUCGUUGUCCUUCAUUCACAAAAUUUGAGUAGAAAGCCCUCUGUAUCAACCCAGUAAGCGAAGCUUCGUAGUUCCAGGCUUUUUGAAUUCAGAUUCCAAAUCUCUAUUGACAGGAUCCACAAUGACUACCUACUUCAACUAUCCCGAUCCCGCUCUCCAGAAUGAACUCCGUCAAAUCGCCAACACUAUUGUAGCCCCUGGAAAAGGAAUUCUGGCUGCUGAUGAAUCUGUUGGUACCAUGGGAAAACGCUUGUCUGAUAUAGGUUGCGAAAAUACAGAAGAAAACAGGCGCAAGUACAGGCAAUUGCUGUUUACCACUGACAAGUCAAUUGGUAAUUACAUUUCUGGAGUUAUUCUGUUUCACGAAACCCUAUAUCAGAAGGCGGAUGAUGGUACACCCUUUGCCGAAUUGUUGAAACAAAGGGGAAUCAUUCCCGGAAUUAAAGUCGACACUGGAGUGGUUCCAUUGUUCGGUUCUGAAAACGAAUGUACCACACAAGGUUUGGACGAUCUUGGAAAAAGGUGUGCACAGUAUAAAAAAGAUGGAUGUCACUUUGCCAAGUGGCGUUGUGUCUUGAAAAUUCAAAAGAACACUCCCUCCUACCAAGCUAUUUUAGAAAAUGCCAACGUUUUAGCCCGUUACGCUUCCAUUUGUCAAUCCAAUGGAAUCGUUCCUAUUGUGGAACCAGAGAUUUUACCUGAUGGUGACCAUGACCUCGAACGUUGCCAAAAAGUAACUGAAACAGUACUUGCCGCAGUUUACAAAGCUCUUAAUGACCACCAUGUAUUUUUGGAAGGUACUCUGUUAAAGCCCAACAUGGUGACACCCGGUCAGAGUUCCCCGAAUAAGAGCGCUCCCGCUGAAAUAGGAGCAGCAACCUUUACUGCAUUGUCACGCACUGUACCCCCCGCAGUCCCCGGAAUUGUAUUUCUUUCUGGUGGACAGAGUGAAGAAGAGGCUUCAGUUAAUUUGAAUGCCAUUAACAACUUUAAUCCAGCAAAUAAACCAUGGGCCCUGUCAUUCAGUUAUGGUCGUGCUCUUCAAGCUUCAGUCCUCAAAGCUUGGCAAGGAAAAGACGAAAAUAUUGCAAAUGGUCAGGCAGAACUUUUAAAACGUGCAAAGGCAAAUAGCGAGGCUUCUCUUGGCAAAUAUGUGGCCGGAACUGUUGAAGGAAAAGCUGGAGACCAGGGGCUCUUCGUUAAAAAUCAUGCCUACUAAAAACCAACAACACACGAUUCAAAAAAAAUGCGAGCAAGCAGAAAUUAUAUUGUAAUUACUAUUUAUUAUGGAUAUAUGCUGUAAGUGUAAAAAUAUAUUAAGAUUGAAUCGAAGAAUAAUGUUUUAUUGAUAGCUUACUGUAAUCAUCAUCCCAUAUAUUGUACUGAAAAAGCUGAUUAUUAGAAUUAGAAUAUAUAGGUAAUGUGAAUCUAAGGAUGUGCAAUAAAUUUGUUAUAGUA